AUGUCAAAUAACUAUGAUCAAUCUUCUCUUUCUUUGCAACAACAGCAAAAACAAUUGCAAUUUCAACUUAGACAAUUGCAAACACAAUUAAUCCAAAAGAUCCCCUUUUCUCAAGAACAGCAUCAAUUUAUCAUACAUCUCCAAAGACAAUUUGAACAAAUAGCUAAAGAACCUUCUGCUUCUCCAGAGUUUUUAGAUCCUCUUCAAUUACAAUUAAUUGGUAAUCCUCUAUUAAGAAUAGGUAAAUACCAAAUUAUAACAACUUUAGGUGAGGGCUCUUUUGGUAAAGUCAAACUAGCUUACCAUUUAAAAACUGGUCAAAGAGUCGCUUUAAAAAUAAUAAAUCGUAAAACUUUAUCCAAAUCUGAAAUGCAAGGUAGGGUUGAAAGAGAAAUUAGUUAUUUACGUUUACUAACCCAUCCUCACAUUAUAAAACUAUAUGAUGUCAUUAAAUCAAAGGAUGAAAUUAUCAUGGUAAUUGAAUUUGCAGGUAAAGAAUUGUUUGAAUAUAUCGUUCAAAGAGGUAAAAUGACCGAAAGUGAAGCAAGAAGAUUUUUUCAACAAAUUAUCGCUGCUGUUCAGUACUGCCAUAGACAUAAAAUUGUUCACAGAGAUUUAAAACCUGAAAACUUACUAUUGGAUAGUAAAUUAAAUGUCAAAAUCGCAGAUUUCGGUUUGAGUAAUAUCAUGACUGAUGGUAAUUUCUUGAAGACUUCUUGUGGUUCUCCCAACUAUGCUGCUCCAGAAGUCAUCUCUGGGAAAUUAUACGCUGGUCCUGAAGUAGACGUUUGGAGUUGUGGUGUUAUAUUAUACGUUAUGUUAUGUGGCAGAUUACCUUUUGAUGAUGAGUUCAUUCCUGCUUUAUUUAAAAAAAUCUCCAGUGGUAUCUUCACCAUCCCUCCCUACUUGAGUGAUAAUGCUAAAAAUUUAUUACAUAAAAUGUUGGUUGUUGAUCCAAUAAAUAGAAUCACAACUCAAGAAAUAAUGGAACAUGAUUGGUUCAAAAUUGACUUCCCUGAUUACCUCAAACUUAACGAUUCAGAGAAAACUAAAGAAAUUGAUGAUGAUAUUGUCAAGGCUUUAGCGAAAACAAUGGGUUACGAUAUGGACGAAGUUUAUGACGUUCUAAAAAAUAACAUUAUCGGUAAAAAUGAAAUCAGAGAUGCCUAUGAAUUGAUGAAAGAAAACAGAACUUUAGUAGACGAUUUAAAAAAGAAAAAUAAUGAAAAUCUUAUCCAUAAUAACAAUAAUCAAACUAAUAAUAAACAAUUGACUGAUUCUGAUGACUUUAACCCUAAAAAUUCCGCUGUCAGAAUCUUACCAACUUCAAUACCAAGAAACCAUCGAAUCAUGAUGGCCAACUCAAACGACCCAAGUGUCAUUGGCAAAGUCAAUUCAAGGAAAACCAAACCAACUCGUUGGCAUUUUGGUAUAAGAUCAAAAUCUUACCCAUUGGAUGUUAUGGGCGAAAUAUACAGAGCCUUGAAAAAUCUUGGUGCUGAAUGGGCAAAACCAAAUGAAGACGAAUUAUGGACAAUUAGAGUAAGAUGGCAAUAUAGUCCAAGUUUAUCAAAUGAAAAUAAUGAACUUGAAACAAAUAAAAUAAUCCCAGAUUUAAUGAAAAUGCAAAUCCAAUUGUUCCAAUUAGAACCAAAUAAUUAUCUAGUUGACUUCAAAUUUGAUGGAUGGGAAUCAAGCGCAAACAAAGAUUUGACAUUCAACUUGGAUGACGAUGUUUCCAGUUUCUCGGCCUAUCCUUUUUUGCAUUUGGCUACACGAUUAAUUAUGGAGUUAGCUGUCAACAGUCAAGGAAACUAG